AUGUCAGUGUUGUUAAGGAACUCAGCAAAAGUGUUGAUGGCAGGUCAGUUCAUUAUUGUGGUACGCAGGGCUUCCCAUUUCACAAGAUGCUUGAAUCUGUGGCGUUGUGAAUCAAUGAGAACCAGGCCAGAGAAAGUUUUAAGAGUUCACUUUACAGGUGAAGAUGGAAUAGACAGUGGUGCCAUGGCUAAAGAGGUCCUUGAAAAACCUACAGCAGACAUGGGAAAUAUUAUGUUUCCCUCAGGCAGUCCUGUGGAUUCAACCUACAAUGUACAGAAGGGAUAUUUACAGUCUUGUGGAGAAAUUGCUGCUGUAAGCCUGGCUCAAGGAGGUCCAUCACCUUGUGUCUUACAGGGAUGUGUUUAUGAAAGUAUGGUCAACCCAGAAACUGACUUUAAGAGCUUGAAUGUAGAGCACAUUACAGCAGAGGAGAAGACGAUGCUCGAAAAUAUCCAACAUGACUUGGAUAACAAUCGUGACACAAUUGUAGAUCAUGGUUUCACUGGUGUUAGGGACCGUUCAUUUUUUACGAGGUGGGGGGGCUGGUGAAAUUGGGGGGGCCGUCACGAAAAAAAAAAAAGACUUAAAAGGGCGGGGAAUCCCAAAAAAAACGGAGGGAAUAGGUAUAGUUUCCAGUACAAUAUUAAGAUUAUUGGCCUUCCAGAAAGCGGGACGCAAGAAUCGGCCUCCCAAACUGCCCCCCUGUGUAUCAGUCUUUUCAAAGCCGCUGGAAUUGAAAUUUCAAAUCAAGACAUCGAUAUCGCCCAUCGUAUCCCUACCAGAAUUGCCACUUCUGGCCCUCGACCAAUUGUCUGCAAAUUCACUAGAAGAAUUAUGAAAGAGCAAGUAAGGAAUGCACGAAAUGAAGCUUGUAAAGUGUCAGCCAAUGCGAUCGGACUACCGUCCAGUUGUUCCUUGGAAAACGUCAGGCUACUGUUGGCGGAUUCAAAGAAAUUUCAAAAGAGAAAUGGCUUCAAGUUCUGCUGGGCCAAGAACUUUAUUAUUUAUCUUUGACGAACCGAAGAUUCUCGCCCGAUCCAAAUCAAGUGCCACAACGACCUUGUGAACUUUGCAAAUCAGGAGGGUUUACCCAUGAGUUAAGUACCUUUCACAGAUUCCUGAGCAACUGACACUUUAUUUUUAGUCUUGACCUAUUGAAUUUAAUGCUUGGAAGUCUCAAAAAACCAUUCUCUGUGAUCCGUAUUUCAGAAACGUGGCUGACUGAUUGCACUGCAGAGCUGGUUAAUAUCACUGGAUACAAUUUUGUCUCAAACCUUCGCAAAUCUAAAACAGGUGGCGGAGUAGGCAUUUAUUUACAAAACGACCUUCAAUACAAACUUCUUAAUGAAUGCAAAUUGUCAGAUCCAGAGACAAUUGAGUCUUUAUUCGUGGAGAUUACAGUUCCCCAUGGGAAAAAAAUCAUUCUUGGAUUUGUGUAUAGACCGCCAAAUCAAAACACGGCCUUGUUUCUGGACAAAUUUAACGACAUUCUUUCUCGUAUUUCUAAGGACAACAAACAAUGUUAUGUUAUGGGAGACUUUAACCUCGACCUUGUCCAGUACAACCAUCAUACACCAACUCAAGAAUUUAUCGACACUCUAUUUUCACACGCAUUUAUUCCUCUCAUCUCCAAUCCAACGCGCCUCACCUCUUAUUCUGCAACCCUAAUCGAUAAUAUAUUCACAAAUAAUCUUUCUCAAAAUGUUUUAAAUGGUAUUGUUCUAAACGAUUUAUCUGAUCACUUACCGGUUUUUGCUUAUUUUUCUGGCAAAACUCUGAUGCGCGAUGGAGAAAAUAAAGUAUUCAUACGCAAGAUUACUAACGAAAAUUUGCGUAAAUGCAACGAAAACGUUUCAAACACAAACUGGGCCUCAUUUCUUGAUGAAGAUCCCAAUAUGACUAUGACAAUGUUUCAAUGCGUGUAAUUAAACACUCACUUCACCUGAUUUCUGCCCCUCUGGCCAACAUCAUAAACCUGUCUUUAAAAAAAGGCAUCUUCACUGAUAAACUAAAAAUUGCUAAAGUGAUUCUUAGUUACAAAGCAGAUGAUCCUAGUCCUUUUACAAACUACAGACCCAUUUCUUUGUUGUCCAAUUUUUCCAAAGUUUUUGAAAAAGUACUGGAUAAUCGUAUGAUUAAAUUCGCUGAGCAGUAUAAUAUACUAUACCGCUGCCAGUUUGGAUUUCGUAAAAACUAUUCAACGUCCCAUGCUCUAAUCCAUCUAAUAAAUAGAAUCUCUUUGGCAAUUGACCAGCGUGAAACUACUGUAGGGGUUUUCCUAGAUCUCUCCAAAGCUUUUGACACUCUUGAUCAUCAAAUCUUAUUCACCAAGCUGGAGGACUAUGGUAUCCGUGAUGUGGCUCUGCAGUGGAUAAAAAGCUACUUUUCUUGCCGUCAGAAAUUCGUCCAAAUUAAUCAAACUUGUUCCUCAAUGCAGACCAUUAAGUGUGGAGUUCCUCAAGGAUCUACCUUAGGCCCCUUAUUCUUCAUACUUUACAUAAAUGAUCUUCCUAAAGCCUCCAAGUUAACUGAGCUUCUACUUUUUGCUGACGACACAAGUAUCUUUUUUUCACACUCUAAGCCGCCUUCCUGGUGUUUACUGUUUUCAAAGAUGAACUCGAGGCAAGAAAAUCGCUCAAAGCUUUCUUUCUACAGCCAAAAUUAUAACUUAAUACUCUUCAGAACGUUUUUAAUUUCUAUUUGCGGAGAGAAGAUAUCGACUAAAGGCUUUUUAAAGUUCUGUAAGCUUAUAUCAAACCUCAUACUAGAUCAGAUCAUUGUCUCAGAUCUUAAUACGAACGUGCCUAAACUAGCCUCAUAAACUGCGCUCGACUUCGUGAAAUUAGAUAUAAAAAAACAAACACAUACACUUUCUACAAUAAUUACUCAGGCUUACCAUUCGAGAUGCAGCUCCUGAAAGCUAUCAAGUAAGGCCAGAAUCGCUUGAGGGACUUUUCAACCCGCAUCCAGCAAGGUGAAAAACGAAAACGGUGUCAUCCGAAAUCGGAUUUCCAACUUUGACAAGCGGCGUAUUUCUCAACCAAAAAUUCAAUAAACGAACCAGGCUUAAAUAACAGAAGACUGUUGAUGGCAGCUGUAUUUCAUUUUAUGCAUCCAGGGGAAAAAGACAGUAAAAAACAACACAAGUUGACAAAAAACUCAGUCAGCUUCAGCUACUUUCAGCUGUCAAAGUAAACAAGUUUCAAGAUGCUGUAUAAAUUUUCUGCAUGAACCACGUGUCAAAUUUUGACCAAUCACAGCAUAAAAAUUGGACGGUCGUAGAGCGUGAUCAACACGUGACUAUGGUGAGAAAAAUGAAAAGCUGUCUUUCCUGCUUUUAUUUUUAAAUGACUGGCUGAAUUUUCGCAUCCGAGAUAAGUUUGAAAUCAAAAUGUUAAUAGUGCGGGGCCAUAGUGACAUUAACUCAACACUUUCUGUCAUCAUGUCAUUAUUUUGCUGCCGUUCUCUUUGCCUUUGUAUUUCUCUUUCGCGUUGCCUUUGUCUAUUCAUUCUAGCUCUGUCUCGUUUUUCUUGCCGGCGUUUUUCACUAUAAUUGUCUCUUCUUCUUCUCGCCCUGACUCUCUCUACUUGCCGACUUUCUUUGCUAAAAUUUUGUCUUCUUCUUCUACUUCCAACGCAUCCUCUUUGGCAAUUGUCUUCUCUUGCUCUGCGCGUGUUGACUCUUGCUCUCUGCCGUUCACCUUCUCUUUGCUCUCUGCUUAAAACCUGUCGUCUACACGCUAAAAUCUCUCUGCUUUUUGUUUGUUGACAUAAUAGCUUUCGUAAGUUGUAAUAAAAAGUUAUAAAGGCUCUGUCGAAAAAUCUUUUUGCUAAGUUGCUUUGAAAUUUCUCUUUUCAAAACCAGUUGCACGAUAUAAUUGCGCAAUGUUGCGCCAUGCGAUUUCCCGCCAAAAAAUCUCUACUUUCCCCUACCCCAAGAGUCCAUGCGCUCUACUUUUCACUACUCGAAAAGUCCGUAUGGACGGACGUACGCUGACGUCAUAACCAAAAUUCCUCGGAUGGAUAGUUUGCCAAAUUAUCUUAGUUAUGGUGCUCCGCUCGCGCGCUUCGUGCACGCAAGGAGCUCCGCUAUCAAACAUUUUUGUUCUGCGAUUACAUCACAGCGUUCAGUUCCACGACAACAAUUUUCAACACUAGGAAACUAUCAUUAAAAGAUUCUUUAUCAGGUUAGUGCUGUGCAAUGUCUCUCUGCUCAUGUUCCUCUUCGUCAUCAUCGCCAAGCUCGUCCUCAUCGCUCGUGAUGCUGCUAGAGUCGCUUUCAUCGUUUUCAGUCAUAGCAUACUCUUCAGGCUACAUGAAGCAGUACACGUUAUCUCUGACCUCUGGCUUGAGGUUUGUGAUAAUUCUGCUUCCUGCGGCGUUGCUGAAAUUGUUUCCUUGCAAAAGCUGUGCAAUGUAUGCCGCAUCUCGAUCAAAAAGCAAUUCGGAAACUUUCUCAACGUCGAUGCAGCCUUCAGGGACGGCAAGGCAAGGAGGAUAUAGAAGACAUUUUGGAAGAUCAUUACCUAGCGAGUUUCCCACACAAAUACUAUACACUCGUUGGACGUUGUUUUCAAACCAUUUCUUUUUCUUGCAUUCGAUUUUCGACAGUUUUCUUUGUUUCUUCUUCCCUUGCUGAUGCGGUCUCUUAUAGGCCCUUGAAAAUACUGCAAAAACUGUCUUUACUUUCUUCUAGUGUCUCUGAAUCCUGCGUUACCUUUUGCACCUUAGCCUUGAUCCGGGAUCCGUUCUGAUUAGUCUUCAAUAACCUUUAUUUUAAGAGGGUGACACCUAUUACUAUGAAGUAUUCUUCCUAGUGGCCCUCACGAACAUGACAACUAUAUUUAUCCAAAUUCACGAGAGGACUGGAGCCUUAUGGACUUGCUGAUAUCAUAAAGAAAAAGCCAGAAAUAUGCAAGGCACUCUUUGUCAUGGGGCAUGAAAAGGAUGUUGAUGCAAAUUAUGUGUUUCCCCUUAUGAAACCAUGUUAUUCUGUGGAGGGAUCAACUAGAAAGGACGUUGAGGAGUCUGUGAUGGACAGCUUUCAAGCCGUUUUGAUAUCUUUGGAAGAUGAGCAGAAAAUCAGUGGAUAUACUGAGGUUCUCACUUGGAAUUAUGAUGACGGCGAAGACAGAAGUGAAAGGCAGGAAAGUGAAAAACAGCUGGCGGAAGAAUUUCAAACAGCAGAUGUUUAUGUGGCCGGUGUCUUAGGUUGGCUUACUGGUCAAAGACACCGACCCAUUGAUGGGGAUCCCCUCACAAUUAUUGUUAACUUUGACCACGAUUGUUUGGAUCGUAACCCAAAGCACACUAUCUGUUUUCCAAGUGUUGCAGCAUGUGGAAGGGAGUUAACUCUUCCAGUGUGUAACAUGGGUGACACAACAAUUUCGCCAUACUUUCCUUCUCGCAUACUGUAA